AGUAUCGCGAGAAGCACGACUUCCUUUCCCCGGUGAGCACCGCGCGAGGCUGCUUCGGUCUGCGUGAGGUGAGAGCCGGUUGGCGGACGAACUGUGCUCUGGAGAGGAGAGGCGGCCCUGCUAGCCAGACUGACAAGCGGCAGAGCUGGAGAGUCGCAGGCACGGGUGGCCAGGUUAGAAGAUGAACCUGCAAAGAAGAUCCAGGAAGAGUGUCCAGAAAGGGAGGAAAACCAGAGGAAAAGAUGCUAGAACCACAGGAGAAUGGCUUGAUUGACCUACCAGAUUAUGAGCAUGUAGAAGAUGAAACUUUUCCUCCUUUCCCACCUCCAGCCUCUCCACAUGGUGAAAGAGUUGAACCUGAUGAAGAGUUAGGGAGUGGAGCACCUGUUCCUGUACCUCCAAAGAAAACAGUUAAAAGGAAUAUACCCAAGCUGGAUGCUCAGAGAUUAAUUUCAGAGAGAGGGCUUCCAGCCUUGAGACAUGUGUUUGAUAAGGUAAAAUUCAAAGGUAAAGGUCAUGAGGCUGAAGACUUGAAGACGCUAAUCAGACACAUGGAGCACUGGGCACAUAGGCUAUUCCCUAAACUACAAUUUGAGGAUUUUAUUGACAGAGUUGAAUAUCUGGGAAAUAAAAAGGAAGUUCAGACCUGUUUAAAACGAAUUCGACUUGAUCUCCCUAUUAUACACGAAGAUUUUGUUAGCAAUAAUGAUGAAGUAGGGGAAAAUAAUGGCCCUGAUGUAACUGCUACCGAAUUAGAUCCUUUUUUGACAAACUCAUCUGAAAAUGAGAAGUUUGCUUCUGAGCCAAGUAGAAGCUUAACAGAAGAGCAACAACAAAGAAUUGAGAGAAAUAAACAACUGGCCUUGGAAAGAAGGCAGGCAAAGCUACUGAGUAAUAGUCAGUCCCUAGGAAAUGACUUGUUAAUGAACACACCUAGGGAACCGACAGUUGAAGAUGUUAAUACUGAUGAGGAUCAAAAUGAAUCAAAUGGAUUAAGCAAAGACAUUCUAGACAAUCCACAUAACGCUACUCCUGCCAAUACUGUAAAUGAAGCGGAGGAAUUAAAAUUAGAGGAAACACAACUAGACCAGUCCUUUUAAAAUGUACGAUAAUAACUUUAUGCUUCACCCAGAAACGUUACCGAGGUUAGAUAGGCCUCCACUAAGAGAAAAUGUGUCUAUUAACUUGCUAUCCUGAAAGUUUGGGAUUACUACAUAUUUUGUUUACUCUGAGUGAAAAUCCAGGAGUCAGUAAAACUUUUACAGAUUCCCGCUUAAAAUCUGGUAUUUAUUUAUAAUUAUGCUUGUCACAUAUUAACUUUGGUUAAUCUAUUCUCUUUAGUGUUUAUUUUUAUGUAGAUUUGAUUUAUAAAAUGAUUAGUAAUUAAUUGGCAGCUUCUGCUAGUGUGCCAUUGAGUGCCUUAUUUUCACUAAAUUGGGUGAUGUUUGGAGAUGUAAAUAUAUAUUGAACAUUAAUGUCCAUUUUUAAAAAGAAGUAAAAAUAAAAAUUAUCUUACAAACUA